AUGAAUCAGUGUCAUCCCUUUGAGCUGGGCCUGGGGUACUACUACCAGAUGGACAUCAUGCUGAAGCCGGAUGUGGUCGAUAGUGUGGUUCCAGUUGUCUAUACUAAGUAUCGCUGGCCCGGUGCGAGAGUUCCUUACGUGAUCAAGGGAGUUUUUUCAACUACCCAAAGAACCAUCAUUUCUAAGGCGAUGGCUCAAUACACAGCAAGCACGUGUGUCCGGUUUGUGCCACGGACUACGGAGGCCACCUUCGUAACGAUCGACAGCAGCCCAACCGGAUGUUGGUCCUACAUCGGAAGAAGCUUGAACAAUUCGUACAAUCUAGUGAACCUUCAAGUGCCCAGCUGCAUCACCACUGGAACCGUUGCUCACGAGCUGAUGCACGCUCUUGGGUUCUACCACGAGUUCACCAGGACGGACCGGGACGAUUACGUGACCAUCGAUACGGGCGCAUUGGAUCCAAAAUAUCAAACAGUCUCAUUCUACAACGCCAAUUAUGCCAAGCUGGCGGCCAACCUAACUCCAUUGUACGGUAUUCCGUACAACUACGGUAGCGUGAUGCACUACUCCAAGUGGGCAGGGGCAUACAACCAAAGUAGGCCAGUGAUGAACAAUAUUAAACCGUGGACUGGAGAUUUUGGUAACAAGAUUUGCUUGGCAGCUACCGAUAUACAAGCCAUCAAUUUUAUGUACGCGUGCCCAUUGCAAUGA